AUGGUUGUGCGGGGCCACCAAGAUCUGGACACCAACAUCGUCCGCUGGGGCCUCCACCACCUCCUCGACGGUGACGCCUGCGUGCACCGCCCUCAAUCCCUCACCACCGACUACGCCCCACCGCCGCUGCAGCCCCACCGCGCCAGCGCCCUCCUCGAUGCUCCCGCCCUCGCGGAGGUUAUGGUCGACGCGGUCAACAACGACGAGGUCAUCGUACACGCGCUGCAGGAGGAUCUCACACAUGUCGUCAUGGCCGAGGCGUCGGAGACCGCCGGCGCCGAGCUCCACCGCCGCGGCACCGUCCUCACGCAGCAAUGGUUCCGCCCCGAGGUCGUCACCCAUUUGCCCUCAGCUCCACCUUAUGUAGAGGAAGCAGAGGGAUUCAGUCCGUGUUCGAGCCCCGAAGAAGGUGGCAAUGCGCGCGAUGGCCAGGGGUGCUCGAUAGAGAUCGUCGAUGAUUUCUCUGCUCUCGACGGCGAAGUCAUCAAAAGACUGAAGGGCAUGCUUCCUGUCCCUAUAAUCAGAAUAAUGCUUGGUAUAUUCCUCAAGGAUGCUGGACAGGCAGACACUACUUAUAGUAGAGAUCAUAUGUUAAAUGCAGACAAUGUUGUUGAUUUAUGA